GCACGCGCCAAGCGGCCAGACGCUGCUGUAAAUACAUACAAGAAGCUCUUGUGACAUUUCAGUCCCUCUGCGCGUGUUCCGCAAUCUACGGCCAGGCCGUAACAACAACUCGACGACAUUCGCUAGGCAAAUUACCGCCGACUCGAGCACUAUCGCAAAUUUUGCCGCUGAGCUUCGGCACCGCUUGAGCACUAUAUCUACCGACAGCACUGUUUACUAAACAGCAAAAAGCGAAAUGUGGUCUCGCUAAGUGAGUGACGGGUGUAGAUUUUCCCAGGAGUGGGACGAUAUAACCUGCACGAAUGACGGAGUUUACGAUAGGUCCACUGGGAAACUGGAAUGGAACAGCAAAGGUUGUCAUCAAAUCGGGCGAUAUUGCGGAAGAGAAAGUGGAUGUCAUCUGCGUAAGUGUUGGAACCACUCUAGAACACUCCACGUCGGUUUGGAAAGCUAUAACAAGAAUAUGUGGGACGAAAGUAUAUAAGGAUGCGUACGAGAAGGCGAAGAAGGCGCAAACACAUUGGCUGAGUAGAGGAGAAAUUCUUGUCGUGGACACAUCAGACAGUGAAUUAAAUGCGAAGUAUGUUUUUCUGGUGGUUCAUCCUGAUAUAUACCACCUUGACGAGGCGUAUACCAACAUCUAUAAGGAAGUCAUAGCUCGUGGGUGUACUUCAGUCGCCAUUCCUGGACUGGGAUGCGGGUUGAUUGGCAACAGUGUUCAUGCUAGUUGUCAUAAAGCUUGCGAAGUACUUCAUCGGACCGCCAGUGACACGUUGGGCAGCAUUCAGUUGGUUGUUUUCAUCGACAUAAAAGAAAAAGUAGCACGACAAUUCGCUGUACAGUUCCAGGCUGAAUUUGGUCUGGGCGAUUCUGAGGAACGUGAUCAACCUGGAAGCAGCUUUGACGUGUGCACGGAAGCUCCAGCUGCGGUGUUGGACGAUGACUGCGCCGUUUGUUUGUGUCCAUUAUCUGAAGGCGGCGAAGUGCGCGAAUUACCAUGCAAACAUCAGUUCCACAUCGCAUGCUUCAAGGAAUAUUUGAGAAGUCCUAGUUCUAAGAAGAGAUGCCCUGUAUGUCUCCGGUACUUUGAGCUACCGCUAGGGAAUCAACCUGUUGAAGCACAAAUGCACAUAAGAAAGCUCAAGCACAUCAAAUUACCAGGCUAUGAAGACGCUGAAUUUGUCUACGAAAUCUCUUACAGCGUUCCCAGUGGGAUCCAGGAUGCAAGCCAUCUGAGGCCUGGAAAGCCGUACAGAGGUACGGAUCGAAGAGCGUAUGUGCCUGGGACUCCAGAAGGUACCAAGGUGCUCCGCCUAUUGAAGUUUGCAUUUGAUCGACGGCUCAUAUUUACGGUUGGCGAUUCAAUAACAACUGGAGCUAGGAACACCGUGGUAUGGAAUAACAUCCAUCAUAAAACCAAUAUCACUGGUGGACCACAAAGAUUUGGCUACCCUGAUCCUGAUUAUCUCAACAGAGUGAAAGAGGAUUUAGCUGCAAUGGGAAUAUCAGAGGAUAUGCUGCCAGAAGAAAUGGAACUGCCUCUGUAGUCGUCCUAGUCUUCCUUUUUGAAAAGCAUUUUGUGUAAAACUUGCCAAAUACUUGUAAAUGUCAAAUAUAAAGAAUCUCACGAGCUUAGUGCUUACUAUCCAGCCUAGACUUCCCCUCUGAUUU